AAGCUGGAACAACAUCGUAAAGAUCCCAGCUGGUGCGUUCCAGCGGCUGAAGUCUCUCAACGUGCUUCAUCUCCAGAUGAACACCAUCGCGGAUAUAGAGGAGGGCGCGUUUGCAGGGCUGACCCAUCUGCGGGAACUGGAUCUUCAUUCGAACGUGCUGACGAACAUUAAGGCAAAGACUUUCCGUCCGCUCAUUUCAUUGGUCAGGAUGGAUCUGAGCCACAACAUCAUCAGUAACAUUCAAGACGACGCCUUCAGGAAUCUAAACAGGAUCAGGACUCUUGUGUUGAAUGGGAACCACUUCUUCUGCGACUGCGAGCUGCUGUGGCUGCGGAAAUGGCUGUUGUGGAAGCGCCACACAGUAGAGAUUACCGGAGCUACAUGCAGCAUGCCCGAGACCUUCAAGGGACAAGGCAUCUCAGACACGGAAGGACGACUGUUCAUCUGUCCAGAACGAGUAUGCGGACACCUCAGCUCCUCGGUUGGUGCAGAGAAGCUUCGCCAUGUGCACUACCGCGACAUUGUCACCGUGUACUACCGGUGUGUGCAGGGAUAUGCGCUACUAACGAGUAUGCGGACACCUCAGCUCCUCGAACGAGUAUGCGGACACCUCAGCUCCUCGGUUGGUGCAGAGAAGCUUCGCCAUGUGCACUACCGGGACAUUGUAACCGUGUACUACAGGUGUGUGCAGGGAUAUGAACUACUGUCUGGAGAUCUAGAGCGGAGCUGUGACUUCAACAAUCCAUACUGGACCGGGCAGAGUCCUGUCUGUAGCGCUAAGAACUGCGGGGACCCCGGCCGGGGAAUCUACGCAGAGCGUCACGGAGAGAGCUACACGUAUCUGUCCGAGGUGCGCUAUGAAUGCUGGGAAGGGUACUACCUGGUGGCGGGAGAUCUGCGCAGGCGCUGUACCAUGGAUCUGGACAGCAACCUGAAGUGGGAGGGAUCUCCUCCGAUCUGCCUUCGUUUGGAAUAG